UGUUUUCCAUUGUGACACACAGCAUCUCAGAGCAGGAUCUCCUGGCCUCUGUGAACUCCACUGGGACGCUUUGCAAUUUCAGCAUGGGAGACCUCGCAUGCUCCUCGCUGGAAUCUCUAUCUGCGGACGGCUUGGCCACACUGCUGGAGUGCAAGCUUCCCAACAGCAACAGUUAUCCCAAAGAAACCUGGAAGGCCUUCUUUGUCAAAGUGGCCGGCAUCCUUGAUGAAGCCCUUGUCCAAUAUUCUGGCAAGGUCCAAAACCUCACUCUGUCCGUGCCCACGGUCCUCGAAGUGAUACGAGAAGUCAAACUCAACGACUUAACUGAAGCGCAGUUGAAAGACAAAGCAUUCAUCAGCCAGUGGUUUAACAUCAGACUGGGGCCAUUUUUACCAUCUGUGACCCCAAUGUUCCUGACAUGCCUAACCAACCAGAGUUUCAGUUGUGAGACCUUCCAGGCUGUGGUGGCAGCUCUCAGCAACCGGUCAACAGCCAUGAAUGAGGAGCAAAAGAAAGCCAUCUUCACUAGCUUCCUGUAUCCGUUCCUAUCAAGAGGAGACUCAUCAGAUCCUGGCUGCAUUACUGGCACCAUGGGCAGCAAAGACUGGCUUCAGACUAACUUUGGCCAAUUUUCGGUUUAUGCGCCUCUGGAAGAUCUACAAAAACUCAAUGUCAACUUCUCCAGCUUUGAGUCUCUGGAACUGCUGACACCAUCCCAGGCAGCGCAGCUGACUCUGACGUCCGGAGCACUGAAUGACACCACCAAAAUCACGGCCAUCUUUCAAGUCCUGUUGGUGGGAGAUGCUCUCGAAAAUGUUGACGCGUUUCUGACGACGCUGAGCGCGGCUCCUGAGAUUCCAGAUAUUGCCCCUCCCGUGAGAGACUUUGUCAUGAACAGCACCUUCCAAGUCAUCAGUGUCAAUUUCUUGCACUUUGAUGUAUCAGCCUGGAUCUCCUGGUUCCAAGUGAAACUCAUUCCUAUUCUCCCCAGUUUCACUACAGUGAUGCUCACUCAAACAACUGCACAGGCAAACUGCACCAACUACCAAGUCAUUGUGAGAGGAAUGGGCAUCGUCUUCGAAAAGAUGCCGCUGAGCAGAAGAAAAGGAAUCGCCAACGUCCUCGUCCAACAUCUCAAGCAAUUUUCCGCCACGUUCAGCGAGAUAGCCUGCAGACUUGACAUCCGGAAUGAUGCCCAAUGGCUAGAGGUCAACCUGGGUCCUUUCGCCAAAGAAGUAGACUACUCUGCUUUGAAGGAGCUGAACAUUACAGGACUGGCAACUUUGGAUUUGCUUUCACCAGAGCAGAAAGCUGAGCUGGUUCUGGAUCCCAGCACCGGUGCUCUGGAGAAUGUGACUGUCUUGAAGGAAGUCUUUGUCAGCGUAACAGCAUCUCCAGAAGUUGAGCAACUCGACGACUUCUUCCAGACUUUUGUCAUUUUCACAAUACAGCAAAACAUCACCUACAUUACAAACACUGCUGUGAGAGACACCAUGCUCAACCUGACACUGACAGCCCUGGCUCCCAGAUUCCCCACCUUCCAACCCAGCGACUUCACCUUGUGGUUCCAAGUCAAUCUGGCUGUUCUGCUGGUCAGCAUCCGUCCUGCGAGUCUGAACGUCAUCCCCAUGAACAUCAGCUGCGACUCUCUCAAAGCCAUAAUCGGGGCUUUUGACAAAUCUUUGAAAACGCUCCCACCGGGUGUCUCAGCAGACCUCCAGUCAAGCAGAGACUACCUGGAACAGAGGUUGCCUCCAGGCUGUACACCACCACCACCUCCAGUGGGCGUGUGCGCAGAGACCGUGGUGGAUGAGGAGAGUCUUUGUGCUAACGUCAGCAGUAACGUGUUUUCCAUUGUGACACACAGCAUCUCAGAGCAGGAUCUCCUGGCCUCUGUGAACUCCACUGGGACGCUUUGCAAUUUCAGCAUGGGAGACCUCGCAUGCUCCUCGCUGGAAUCUCUAUCUGCGGACGGCUUGGCCACACUGCUGGAGUGCAAGCUUCCCAACAGCAACAGUUAUCCCAAAGAAACCUGGAAGGCCUUCUUUGUCAAAGUGGCCGGCAUCCUUGAUGAAGCCCUUGUCCAAUAUUCUGGCAAGGUCCAAAACCUCACUCUGUCCGUGCCCACGGUCCUCGAAGUGAUACGAGAAGUCAAACUCAACGACUUAACUGAAGCGCAGUUGAAAGACAAAGCAUUCAUCAGCCAGUGGUUUAACAUCAGACUGGGGCCAUUUUUACCAUCUGUGACCCCAAUGUUCCUGACAUGCCUAACCAACCAGAGUUUCAGUUGUGAGACCUUCCAGGCUGUGGUGGCAGCUCUCAGCAACCGGUCAACAGCCAUGAAUGAGGAGCAAAAGAAAGCCAUCUUCACUAGCUUCCUGUAUCCGUUCCUAUCAAGAGGAGACUCAUCAGAUCCUGGCUGCAUUACUGGCACCAUGGGCAGCAAAGACUGGCUUCAGACUAACUUUGGCCAAUUUUCGGUUUAUGCGCCUCUGGAAGAUCUACAAAAACUCAAUGUCAACUUCUCCAGCUUUGAGUCUCUGGAACUGCUGACACCAUCCCAGGCAGCGCAGCUGACUCUGACGUCCGGAGCACUGAAUGACACCACCAAAAUCACGGCCAUCUUUCAAGUCCUGUUGGUGGGAGAUGCUCUCGAAAAUGUUGACGCGUUUCUGACGACGCUGAGCGCGGCUCCUGAGAUUCCAGAUAUUGCCCCUCCCGUGAGAGACUUUGUCAUGAACAGCACCUUCCAAGUCAUCAGUGUCAAUUUCUUGCACUUUGAUGUAUCAGCCUGGAUCUCCUGGUUCCAAGUGAAACUCAUUCCUAUUCUCCCCAGUUUCACUACAGUGAUGCUCACUCAAACAACUGCACAGGCAAACUGCACCAACUACCAAGUCAUUGUGAGAGGAAUGGGCAUCGUCUUCGAAAAGAUGCCGCUGAGCAGAAGAAAAGGAAUCGCCAACGUCCUCGUCCAACAUCUCAAGCAAUUUUCCGCCACGUUCAGCGAGAUAGCCUGCAGACUUGACAUCCGGAAUGAUGCCCAAUGGCUAGAGGUCAACCUGGGUCCUUUCGCCAAAGAAGUAGACUACUCUGCUUUGAAGGAGCUGAACAUUACAGGACUGGCAACUUUGGAUUUGCUUUCACCAGAGCAGAAAGCUGAGCUGGUUCUGGAUCCCAGCACCGGUGCUCUGGAGAAUGUGACUGUCUUGAAGGAAGUCUUUGUCAGCGUAACAGCAUCUCCAGAAGUUGAGCAACUCGACGACUUCUUCCAGACUUUUGUCAUUUUCACAAUACAGCAAAACAUCACCUACAUUACAAACACUGCUGUGAGAGACACCAUGCUCAACCUGACACUGACAGCCCUGGCUCCCAGAUUCCCCACCUUCCAACCCAGCGACUUCACCUUGUGGUUCCAAGUCAAUCUGGCUGUUCUGCUGGUCAGCAUCCGUCCUGCGAGUCUGAACGUCAUCCCCAUGAACAUCAGCUGCGACUCUCUCAAAGCCAUAAUCGGGGCUUUUGACAAAUCUUUGAAAACGCUCCCACCGGGUGUCUCAGCAGACCUCCAGUCAAGCAGAGACUACCUGGAACAGAGGUUGCCUCCAGGCUGUACACCACCACCACCUCCAGUGGGCGUGUGCGCAGAGACCGUGGUGGAUGAGGAGAGUCUUUGUGCUAACGUCAGCAGGUGA